AUGGAGCCCCCUCCACUUCCGGUGCUUCCCCCGCCCUCCCUCCGCGUCCUGGCCCUCCAUUGGCUGCAGGAGGACACGUCGCCCUUUGACCCCGCGUCGUCGCUUUCCGGUGAUGGCGGCCGCGGCCUGGCUCGGGCCCAGCUGGUCUCCAAGUCCGCCGGGGUCCUGGCGGGGCUCCCGUUCGCCGAGGCCGUGUUCCGGGAGCUCGGUUGCGAGCUCCGGGCGCUGCUCCCGGAGGGCUCGGCCCUGCCCGGGGCCCGCACGGCGGUGGCGGAGCUGCGGGGCCCGGCCUGGGGGCUCCUCUACGGCGAGCGGGUGGCGCUCAACUGCCUAGGCCGCUGCAGCGGCGUCGCUACCAUGGCAACGGCGGCGAGGGGCGUGGCCCGCGCACGAGGCUGGCACGGAUUGGUCGCCGGCACCCGGAAGACCACGCCCGGCUUCCGGUUGGCGGAGAAGUACGCGCUGGCCGUGGGCGGGGCCGACGCGCACCGCUGGGGGCUCGACGGGCUCCUAUUGGUCAAGGACAAUCACGUGGCGCUGCACGGGGGGUCCAUGGAGGAGCUCGUGGGCGCUGCCCGCGCCGCCGCCGGGUUCUGGCGCCGCGUCUCCAUCGAGGUCGGUUCCGAGGGCGCCGCCGUGGCCGCCGCCGCUGCCGGGGCCGACAUCGUCCUCAUGGACAACUUCAGCCCCCAGGCCCUGCACAAGGCGGCGGCGGCCGUCAAGGCCUCCCGGCCCCACGUCGUGGUGGAGGCGAGCGGCGGCAUCACCCUGGACUCCCUGCCCCACUUCCUGGGGCCCCACAUCGACGUCGUCUCCAUGGGGUGCCUGACCCACAGCGCCCCUGCCCUGGACUUCGCCCUCAAGGUCCUGCCCCAUAGCGAGCAAUGA